CAACCAUGCAAUCAAUUACCCGCUGCCAGAGGCGACAUGGGGCCGGGAAAAAAGGAAAUUGAAUCCAAAUGCUGGGCAAUGGAAGGAAAGAAAGCACCACCAUUUCUUUUCCCAGUAGUUCCACUCACUCUUUCUGCUGCUGACGUGUGGGAAAGAAAGUCUUGUUUGUCUGUUUAGUAACAGGUAAAUGUGCAACCAACCCCCCAGACGCACGCAUACAUACCCGUCCAGUCCUUUGUGAAUUAGGCUUCACCGAACGAGACGACACAGCAAAUCGGCGCACGUCAAACGACAAGGACGGCAAAACGGCUUGGUCCCGCUUGUCGCAAGGUCAUACUACAACCGGAUAACAAGAGCACAAGCUCACACGGACGGCACAUCGCAUAUUUGUGGUCUGUCGUCACUGUCUCAAUCCGCGCCCGUGCGUGCAUUUUCUGUUCAACAAGCAGGGCUAGCAUCACCGUCUGCCUUUUUGCUUAAACAGCGCCAGAUCUAGACACCUUCUGCCGUCGCUUAGGACCCAAGACAAACCAGUAGCAUUUUCACCAUGGGUACCGUGAAGAACAUUGCAUACUAUGCAUUCCACCCGGUUGAGCUCCGGGCAAUUAUCCAGUGGAAGAUAUGGCACGAGCCUGUUCACACCCGCAACCCCAGCAAAGAGCGCCCCACAGAGACGGAAUGCUUCAAGUAUCUCGAUUUGACAUCCCGCAGCUUCGCGGCCGUCAUCAAGGAGUUGAACCCGGAGCUCCUGAUGCCAGUUUGCAUCUUUUACCUUGCCCUGCGCGGCCUUGACACCAUCGAAGAUGACAUGACCAUCCCGAACGACAAGAAGAUCCCGCUGCUUCGCAACUUUGCCGACUUUAUGGACCAGGAUGGCUGGACCUUCAACGAGAACGGCCCCAACGAGAGGGAUCGCGAACUCCUUGUGCACUUUGACCAAGUCAUCACAGAGCUCAAGCUCGUCAAGAAGCCCUACUACGAAAUCAUCCGCGACAUCACGGUCAAGAUGGGUAACGGCAUGGCCGACUAUGUCCUCAAGACGGAGAACACGACCAACUGCAUCAACACGGUCGAGGAGUACGAAAUGUAUUGCCACUAUGUCGCGGGUCUUGUCGGCGAGGGUCUCACCCGGCUGUUCGUCGUCGCCGAGCUGGCCAACCCCAAGCUCCUCGAGCGAAUGGACCUUGCCGAGUCCAUGGGGCAGUUCCUGCAAAAGACAAACAUCAUCCGAGACGUACACGAGGACUAUAUCGACAAGCGCAGUUGGUGGCCUCGCUCGGUCUGGAGCAAGUACGCCAAGGAGUACGACGAUCUCUUCAAGCCCGAGAACCGACAGCAGGCGGUUUACUGCUGUUCCGAGCUGGUCUUGAACGCCCUCAAGAACGUCGAGGACUGUUUAUAUUACAUGGCUGGCAUGCGCGAGCAGUCGGUGUUCAACUUUGUGGCCAUUCCGCAGACCAUGGCCAUUGCGACGUUGGAGCUCGUGUUCCAGAACCCCAAGAUAUUCGAGCGUAACGUCAAGAUCACAAAGGGCGAUGCCUGCCGGAUCAUGCUGAGGUCAACGCAGAACCUGAGGCUGGUCACGGAUCUCUUCAAGGAGUACACCCGAAAGAUACAUCAGAAGAACGACCCCCGUGAUCCAAACUACGCCGCUAUCAGCGCACAAUGUGGAAAGAUUGAGCAGUUCAUCGAGACGAUAUUCCCGUCGCAAGAUCCCAAGGUUCUCGAGAUGGCACAGAAGGACGUCAAGAUGUCGGAAAAGCCAGGCAUGGACACAUCCGAGGCUGUCGUACUUAUCCUGGCUGUGAUCGCCAUGUUUGUGUUUUCGGGAGGGCUGAUGGUUGGUCUCGCUUGGCUCAUGGGUGCCCAGUUCAACAACUUCUUCAGCAGUAUCGACGCCGGCAUGAAGCCGUCGCCACUACCGUCAGGUCACCAGGAGCUCUGAUCAAGAUCAAUACCUUUCGACACUUUUGUACUUUUUUUGCUUCUUCAAAAGUUACCUUGUCCAAUGAGCCCAUCAAAGCCGGUGUUCAUUUCUCUUCGGAGAGAUUGUCACGGUUCGGUUUUUUCAUGUGGUACACGAAGUGACGAUCAUGGUUCGUCGUCUUCUUUAUGCGGGUGUAUAUAAACACACUAAUAGGCACGGAUUGAGGGGGAACUUAUUGGAGUGUGGGCAGGCAACGCGACCCAGGCUAUGAUGGACGGGGGAUUUGACUCAUAUUUCUAACCAUAUUCUAAUAAUUACAAGACAUGAACGCAAGUCUUUUCUUCAGAAUUGGUCUAAUCCCACUUUUCUUCUUCUUCGAAAACUCGAAUCACAAAUCACAGUACAAUAUCUUUUUAUCGUUGAC